UAAAACGCCUAUAGUGAGUUUAAAGGUUGAGUGAUGUCUAAGCCAGCAGAGAUAGUGUGUUUCGGGGAGAUGUUGAUCGAUUUCGUUCCUGAUUCUGCCGGAGUCUCUUUGGCAGAGUCUACAGGCUUUCUGAAAGCCCCCGGAGGUGCGCCUGCCAAUGUUGCUUGCGCCAUUACCAAACUUGACGGCACCUCUGCCUUCAUUGGCAAGGUGGGAGACGAUGAGUUUGGGCGGAUGUUGGUAGAUAUAUUGAAGAGUAACGGAGUGAACAGCGAAGGAGUGUUGUUUGACACGCAUGCAAGGACAGCUCUAGCGUUUGUGACAUUGAAGAGAAAUGGAGAGAGGGAAUUUAUGUUCUACAGGAACCCUAGUGCAGACAUGCUGUUGAAGGAGUCUGAGCUCAAUUUGGGUCUCAUCAAGCAGGCUAAGAUCUUUCAUUAUGGUUCCAUUAGCUUAAUCACGGAGCCUGUCAGGUCCGCUCACAUGGUUGCCAUGAAAGCUGCCAAAGAUGCAGGUGUCCUACUUUCAUAUGACCCCAACGUUCGCCUUCCUCUCUGGCCUUCCCCUGAAGCUGCCAGAGAAGGUAUCCGAAGCAUCUGGAAUGAAGCUGAUUUCAUCAAGGUUAGUGAUGAUGAGGUAAAUUUCCUCACACAAAAAGAUGCAGACAAGGAUGAGACCGUAAUGUCGUUAUGGCAUGACCGCUUGAAGCUUCUUAUUGUUACUGAUGGAGAGAAGGGAUGCAGAUACUUCACCAAGAGUUUUAAAGGAAAAGUAAGUGGGUUCCCUGUUAAGACUGUUGACACCACAGGAGCCGGAGAUGCUUUUGUAGGUUCCCUUUUGGUUUCCAUUGCCAAAGAUCCAUCAAUUUUCCAGGAUGAAGAGAAAUUGAAGAAAGCAUUGAAAUUUGCAAAUGCGUGUGGUGCAAUCAGUACAACUCAAAAGGGAGCAAUUCCAGCAUUGCCAUCUACAGCUGAUGCUCAAGGACUCAUGGCUGGCUCCAAGGCUUACUAAACAUUAAUUCUUACAUAGUUAU